ACCAGGACCCAGCACUGCGUAUUGCACAUGGAGCCUUGGCAGUCUGCAGUGUUGCUUCUCCUCGUCUCCUUUGUACCUAUGCAAUAUCGUUUGCUUUCAGCAUCUUGUGCUCUGCUUUGAGCAAGACCGCCAUCCGUCGUCUUUCCUUUCAGUCAUUCUCUUUGUCACUCGUUCCCCCAACUGCAGUCAUUCUUUUGGUACCUCACCAGAGUCAUUCGUUGCAUUAGCACUCCAGCUGCUGUUGUGGAUUGGCCCUUCGCCUUCAUUCCGGCCGCAGUCUGGACCUCACAUUGACCACCAACACAACUUCACCCCUCCCGGAUCACCAAAGGCUACAGUUCUCUGCCCGUCACCAUGUCAUGCUAGAGUAAUUGUUAAUCGACGCCUUUUCCCUUGUCGGCAGACAAACAACCCUCUAUCCGCCCUAAUAUCAUGUCCUCCCCCAUUCUCCCUGAGGAUGAACCGCAAAUCCAGCCCAGGAACCCCUUUGCUCGACCAGGUCCCAUCCCCGAUAUCCGGUUAGAAGGCCUCUACCUGGAAAGACCCCCUUCGCUGGUACAGAGAGCCGAAUCAUCGUCAAGUUCAUCGAGCCCGGCAACUACAACCUCAUGUGGUCCAAACGACAAUUCGGGCGCAUGUGAGAAAUAUUACGGGUCCGAUGGGUCGAGUACAACCUUGCCAAUUGUUUUGGGGGUGGUCAUUCCUCUAGGGAUUGCGUUGAUCCUGCUGCUAUAUCUGCACCGAAGGCAUGUGAAGAAGCUGAGGCGGGAAGAUGCAGAAGACAAGCACAAAUCCCUCGACUUCGGCCUCCUUGAAUCGAAGAGCAACCCAGGGAAGAAGAAUGGCCGAAAAGCUCCAGAGAUGUCAAUGGCCGGUGAGAAAGAGACGGGCGGUAGACGUGGACGUGGCUUGUCGCUUGAUAUGGGUGCGAACAACCCUUAUCUUCUGCCUCCUGAACUCCAUCAUUCUCGGGAGUCGCUGCAUUCGCUGUCUCGUUCCAUAAACACUGGUGACGACAAAUAUCGCGCCACCACAUUCAUUCCUGACGAUGGUUCUAUUCGCCCACCAUCAAGUCUCAGAAGUCCGGUGGACGAUUCGUCAAGCUAUACCGGGUCUUCCACCCGCAGAUUUCCCUUCGACUCGAAGCAGAAUUUGCUACGCAAUGCUCAAGAGCCUGCAAAUGGGCCGCCCCCUUCCGGACGCAAUACUCCAGCAGAAUCAGCACCGGGGGGUCUUAAUCCUAUGCCAGCAGGCAAAAACAAUAACUUGCUUCUUCCUACCAUGCCCGAUCCCGUACGAGACUCGUUCGUGAGCACGGCGAGUAGUAAUGGUGCGGUGAAUGCCCUGAGAGCCAGCAACAACUAUCUUGGCCAGUUCAUUAGUGGCGGCGGAGCAUUUGAGGAGGAACCCAGCAAGAAAGAACCCAUACUGUCCGUGAAAGAGGUCCCCGCUGAGACACCUGUUGUGCAAGUCCAGGCGCCUCCUGCGGCCGUACUUAAAGACACUCCACCCUCACUCCCACUGCCCGCAACCUCAAAAUCUCAGGGGCAGACACCUACAGUACCCGGGAUUACGUUGAAUACACCAGAAGAGCGUCAACCAAGACUACCCCAACUGAGUUUCAUCGACUCCUCAGGCAAUGGACAUCAGAUUCCGGCACCCAAAGACGACCUUCAUACUACUUUCGAUUCAUCGAAGACACCCCAGGUCCAUGAUGCUCCUUCACCAGAACUCUCUCAUUCAGAACACUCGCAUAAUCAGCCGUCGCAGGGUCAACACCCGGCUCAACAAGAGGAAGACGACUACUACGAGGAAUACGAGGCGUAUGGGGACCAGGAUCAACAAUACAAUGACGAUCACGGGUAUUACGAUUACCAAGAUUAUGAUGACUACACUGGGUACGAUCCUCGUCGACUCACAAUGGGCCUGCGACCAUUGCCUCCCGACGAUCCCUCCGAAAACCCCGAGCAGCGCGCCAACCGUAUCAGAUCAUUUUACAAGGAAUACUUUGAUGACUCCAAACCACAAAACCAUGCUCAGAACAUGCAAUAUCAUGACGGUGCUGAAGGUUAUUACCAGGACAACUAUGGGCCUGGUGCCUAUCAAGAUGACUACUAUGAUCAAGCGGCGUAUUAUCCACCUCGAGGAAUGUCACAAAACGGCACUUAUGGAAGACAUCGCGCUACGGUGUCUAAUGGAAGCUACCAGACAGGUCCCAGGGCAUUUUCAUCGGCGUCGGGUCGGUAUGGAGGAUAUCCUCGUAUGCCACCGAAGAAGAACUUGCCGCCACCCAAGCCGCUGAACGUCCUGCCCACACCGGCCAAACUCAAGGAGGACACGUUUUUGCCGAUUGAUUUCGCUCCCCCUCAGAAAAUUCAUAACCAGAGGUCUGGUACUCCGGAUACUCUUCGCGGAGGACUGAGACCUUACUCCCCAGCAGUCAGAGCUCACAUUCCACUGGCAUCUUCAUUCGAUGACCUGGCAGUCAUACCCAGCCCGCAUCAAUUGAGAAAGUCAUCCACGUUCACCGCCCUUGACUUUGCACCGCCGUCGCGACUACGAGUUAACGAUACGGCGAGUGAAACGGGGAGUAUUCGCAGCAAUCGAUCUGGAAUAUCGGCUGUACACCUCCAUAACAUCCGGACUGGCGCGUACCGAGUCAGUCGCAUACCGAAGGAAGUUGCAGGGACCAGAGACGAGCUAGCGGCAGCGUUGAGGCCACAGUGGGAUCUAAACCGAUGAAUACCCUUGACGGAGCGUGAUGUAUCUACCUACAUUGACCGACAUCUUUGACUCAAGGAGAUGACUCUAUAUGGGACUUUUCUAAGCAUGGCGAGUGGCGUUUUGGAGAGCUCCUCUCGGCGGAGCGUCGUUCUCGCUCGGGGUAUCUGAGGCCUGAGUGUCUCUUGGGCACACUGUCCUUAUCAAAAAGUUCACAUGUACAAUAUCACAUUGGGGAGUUUAUCUCCCGCCCCUAAAGAUCUUUGCGGUCCUCACUGGAGACCAAGCAAAAAAGCGUUCUCUGUGAUUGGAUGGUCGACCCUCCUGCGAGCUUGUUCUGCUUCUUCUCGUACGGAAUUCAUGCGAGCUGCAUGAAGCCGCUCUUGCAGCUCGGGAUUCAUGUUCCAAGUUUAUCCGAGUGGACAAUGGGUAGAGGAGAGGUUCCCUAAGCGCAGCAACCAGCCAGAAUCGGGCAGCUCGGAAGGUCUGAUACGGGGAAGCAGAAGCGGAGAGGCGGAAACAGAUCCAGAAAGCCAGGAAGGACUGCUGGGAGAAUCGGCACCUUGCAGGACUGGCGUUUCCCGAACAGCUCAAUAUGGGCACCAAGGACCCAAUGGUAGGGGCUGAUGGUCGUACAAUACCUUGGCUUCGGAGCAGCUUGUGUAUCACAUCGACAAAGGGAGGUGGACUGUAUUUUGGUUGUGACGGCGGCAGUCUCACCUCAUCGGGUCGUCGAUGAUACACAGCGCACUCAGUACUAUGGGGCAUGGGAUCGGUCCCGAAGCUGCAAAGAGCCGCACCACAGGACAUACAUUGUACCGGUACUGGCGCAGUCCAUGCCCUUGGAGCCCCUCAUCAAUGGGACGAUCAUCGUAUGAUGAUGCGGAUGAUUUCCAACGCCAUGAGGAGGAUCCUGGCAGACGGGCGUGAUGAAUGCUAGGGUAGUGCCCAGUUUUGUUCUCGACAACGGCCGCCACGGCUGGUGCAAAUCUCAGUCUGCACGGAAUCUCGG